AUGUCACGCACUCCUGGUGUCCCAGAUACAUGGAAGCUCGAGAAUGAAAAGACCAUUUCAAAACAAAACAAAAAUCACAGCAAGAUAAAAGAAGGAUUGAUGAAACAUUCUUUUGAGUUAAAUAUUAUCAGCAGUAGGAACAAGUCUUUUACUAGCACAGAUUCAACAAAAUCAAAAAGGGUAUCAAACGCUAGAACACCAUCAACGUAUAGCAGAACAGCGAGUGCAUUUGUAUUACCGGGAACAAAAAGACAAAAAUCGCAAGCGCCAUCUACUAUAUUAAAUCCAGUUUCUGAUGAGGUCAUAUGUUGUAUCUAUGAAAAUUGUAAAGAUGCCAGUCCUAGAGUUGGGUUAUCUAUACUCAAUUAUGUCACUGGAGAAGUUGUAAUAUCAGACUACAUUGACACACAGAUAUUUAUCCGAACGGUUCAUAAAAUACAGGUUUAUAGUCCCACAGAAAUCUUGAUUCCCUCAACUUCUUUAUCUCCAGUAGUUUCAAAAUUGUCCACGAUUAUUAAAUAUAACGUACCUGAACCAAUAAGAAUCACAGAAGCACAUAUAAAAACCUACGAUAUAUCCCAGAGCUGGGAGAUGUUGAAUAAAUAUAAUAUUUUUAAAGAAAAUGAAAAACAAAAAAAGUUUGAAGAAUUUAGGGAUAAAGAUUAUGGCUUAGCCUCUUUAGCUGCAUGUUUGAAUUUUUGUAAAGAAUCUUCCUGUGGUACCAAAUUUGAAAAAAUACGUAUCAAACUUGUUUGUGCAGAGCAUACGUGUUUGAUUGAUCCAAAAACUAUAAAAAAUAUGGAAUUGGUGAGCAAUUUAACAGACAAAAAUGGCAUUUCGUUUUUCAAAUUUUUAAAUCAUACGGUUACCAAAAUGGGUAGAAGGUUAUUGAGGAUAAAUAUUUUGCAACCAUUGACAAAUAAGGAUGCAAUACUGUCAAGAAUAAAGGCUGUUUGCGAAUUAAAAGCAAACGGCGCCGAAUUGCUUUCUGAAAUGAGAUCGACAUUGUUAGGUUGUCAAGAUUUGGAUAUUAUUUUUAGUAAGUUGUUGAUAUUAGAUAAAGCCUCUAUCAGUGCGGAUCAAAAAAUAAAUUUUGUUAUUCUUUUGAAAACUUCAGUGGAAAUAACUUUAAAAAUAAAAAAAUUGUUGGCGGAGUCUAGCUGUGAUUUAUUGAGUGAGGUUAGAAAUAUUUGCGGUCAUCCAGAUAUCAUUUCGAUUCAGGAGUUAAUUAAUGAUUAUAUCAAUGAGGAUUGCACUUGGGAUUGUGGACAUUUAAACUUGCAAAAUCAAAAAUUAUAUGCAGUUAAGUCGGAUUCAAAUGGGUUGUUAGAUAUCUCAAGAAAAAUUUAUGAAUCUAUAGUUGCUGAUAUUAUCAAUGAGAUUGGAAUUCUAUCCAAAGAUCAUAAUUUAAACUUAGAUUAUUAUUUUGAUUCUUCUAGAGGCUUUUAUUUGAGAUUAAAGAAAAAAGAUUUUAGUGAGUCUUACACAUUCCCUGAAAUCUUUAUAAACAGGGUUGUGAGGGGCAAUUAUAUCGAAUUUUCUACCUUAGACAUUAUGAAACUUAACAUGCGAUUGCAUGAGGUUACGGUUGAAAUUAUUCUGAUUACGGAAGGUGUUAUUAACGAUUUGUUACACGAAAUUACACAGUACAUUUCCACUUUGUUUAUGGUAUCUGAAAGCUUGGCCAUCUUAGAUUUGCUUUGUUCGUUUGUCUAUCACAUUGUUAAAAACGAGGGUUAUUGUGUUCCAGAGUUUUCCAAUAAGCUUGUACUCAAAGACUUAAGACAUCCGAUUUUGGAAAAGAGGAUUAGUAACUUUGUGUCCAAUGAUGUGGUAUCUAUUAGAGGUAGUUCUUUGAUACACAUUAUUACAGGUUGUAAUAUGAGUGGUAAAUCUGUUUAUUUAAAACAAAUUGUUUUUGCCGUAAUUUUAGCUCAAAUUGGAUGUUUCGUUCCCGCUUCAUAUGCAUGUUUUCCAGUAUAUGAAAAAAUACAUGCUAGGUUAUGUCAUGAUGAAAUUGAAAUUAAUUCUUCGACAUUUUGUACAGAAAUGAGAGAAAUGGCAUACUUUUUGGAUGACAUAGAUGAGAAAAGUUUGUUGAUUAUUGAUGAGUUAGGAAGAGGUUCAAGCAUUAAUGAUGGCUUUGCUAUAUCAUUGGCGAUUACAGAAUAUUUGACGGGGAAAAGUUGUACAGUUUUUUUAUCAACCCAUUUUAUCAUGAUUCCCAAAUUGUUACUAGCGCAACCCUCUGUAGUUCAUUUAGAGAUGGUAUCGGAACUAGAAAAUACUAGCAACACGGUCAAAAUGACUUAUAAGAUCUCAGAUGGUAGAGCGGCAACUAUGGGUCAUCACGGUUUGAAAAUUGUUCAGAGUUUAUUUCCCAAAGAGAUUUUAAAAGAAGCCCGCAGGAUAAUUACUAUUUUGGAGGAAUCAUACGAGCAAGAUACAAGAAAUUUUAUGGAAGUGGAAACCAGCGUAGAAACUAAUAAGAUUAAACAAAUAAAUAAUCUAGCUUCGCUACUAGAAAUUUUCUCCGAAAGCACAGAUGGAUGUGUAUCUGUACGUUCCCUAAAAGAUCUUCAAGAUGAAUUCCUUUUAAAUUUUGAUGUAGAUUGGUAG